AUGGCCCGCUUCUCUAAGAACAAAUCCCGUGCCGAGAACCAAGCUGCAAAGCAAGCAGCUAUCGAGGCAACCACCGAGCAUCUCACAACCCAGCCAGCUCCACCACGUACCCACCCUGCACUCACAAUUCAAGACGAUGGAAAGAGCCUGGAGGUAAUCAUCGAUGCUAAGCACCCCGCAGCGGCAUGUAUCGUAAAUCCAGGCGAAGAGACACAGUGCAGUAAGUCCAUAUACACACACCUUAAGCUAUACCCCCGCCCGUACAUAUAAAAAACGCUAACCACAUAUCUCUCCCAAGUUGAUCCCACGAUCUUGACAGUCUUGGCUCAAUACAAUGAGACCACCACGUUCUUGAAGGUCAAUAUCUCAUAUAGAGAUCCAUUGACUGUCACCAAGGCCUUCCGUGUUAACGAGCUCCACUUUACCAAGCAACUCGCUGCCACAGUCACGAAAUUUGAGAACCUGGAAACCUUGAAUGUUUUGGUUGAAGUCGCUAUUGAGAUGAACCAGAAUACUGGAGUAAAUCAAUACGUAUGGUUAGUUCCCCCUACUCCAAACCCACCCCAAAUUUUGUUAUGGCCUCAUCUAUCCCCUUUAGAUAUCCUACCCUCCUCUAAAUUUUCUUCGAGUGGAAAUGGGACUAACAGCACCACAGGCACCACCUCAAACACCUCGUCUGGUGGUAUAGAUACGGGCCCCCCAAGCUUGAGCUCUACAUCUUCUCCAUCCAAAGAGACUGCUGGAACAGAAUCGAGGAGGAUUCGAAUGUUGAAAAACGCCUGCUCAAUUAUUAUAACAGCUUGGUCUGCGCUGGGGCUUUGGGUGAGAUUGAUUGA